AUAGCCGGCCCCUGUCCUCCCCCUAGCGGCCGCUAUAGCUGCUGUACUCCGGCACUAUAGGUGGCGGCAUGCGGGGUGGAGCGGGGAGAAGCGCUGCGUGGAUGUGUGAAGAAGAUGUAACAGAGGGGGGGUGAAGAGUGGGGCAUUUCAGUAAAAAUAUGGCGGAUUUACCACCCGACCCUGAUGAAGCAUCGGAGAAGCAGCCGGAGAACCAGACAGAGGACCAACACGGGCAGAGCGCGGCCGAGCCGCCCGCAGAUGAAGCCUCCGAGCCGGAGCCGGAGUGUAGCGGGGAGAGCGCGGCGGAUAUGCGGGCUGAGGAGCUCCAGAGCGGGUCAUCUCCUCCCCCAGCCUCCCCGCAGCCUGCAGCUAACAGAGACCCCGAAUCGCCUGCACAGAGAACCGCUGAGGAUCCUCCAGAGGAGCCUGCUGAACAACUCAAACAUACAACAGUUUCCAAACAGAGCCCAGCAGAUCUGGACUGGUCUGAGGAGGAGGAGGAGGAACCCAGGCAGACACCUCCCAGCAAAUUAUCCACACUAACCACAGAACCAGACCCCUGGCAAGAAAAAUCAGAGGACCAACAUGCAGAAGACUUCAGCUUGAAUGCUAAGCCUGAUGCAGAAAAGAAGCAGAGACUGGCACAAAAGGAGGAAGACUCAAAGAAUAUGAGCGUGGAAAUGGAAUGUGAAGAAGAUGAUGAUGAUGAUGAUGAGGAGGAGGAGGAGGAGGAGGAGGAAGAGGAUAAGGAGGUGGCAACAGAAAAAGACGUAGAAGAGGAGAGGGAAGAAGAAACUCCAGAAGAAGGAGGAGAACAUGAAGAAGGAGAUGAGAAAAAAGAAGGUGAAGGUGAGGAUAAGUGUCAUGACUCAGAUGAUGCAGUGAAGCAAAAGAAAGGCCACAUAGAAUGCCGUGACUGCGGCAAGACGUUCACACGCCGGGAGACGUACAACCUGCAUCGCCAUGUUCACAUGCAUCAGGAGGAGCAGGCCUCUCUGACCUGCAAAGACUGUGGCCUCACCUUUCAGCAUCGAAGCAGCCUCAUCAAGCAUCGCAGUGAACACCAACAGAACGGCGUUCCACCUCCAGCGCUGACCUCGCGAAGACGGGCACGCCGAAGAGAGUUCAAGGAAGAAAUGAGUAUUGAAUGUGACCAAUGCGGCGAGCGCUUCGCGUCAGUAAUCCGAUACCGGCUCCAUGCUUGUCAGCAAAGCCCGGAGAAGCUUUACCGUUGCCCGCUGUGCCGUAAAGAGUUCCAGUACAGAGUGUCCAUCAAUGCCCACAUGCAGAGCCAUUCGUUAGAUAGUCCCUACCGGUGCCUUGAGUGUAACAAAGGCUUUCAAUGCGCGGUGACCCUACACAUCCACCAGCGCUCCCAUGCUGCCCUCAAACCAUAUGAAUGCCCUGACUGUGGUAUGGUCUUCAGGCACCGCUCAUUCAUGGAGGACCAUCGCCGCAAACACACAGAAGAAAGACCUCACCAGUGCAAGAUGUGCCACAAAAGCUUCAAGUACAGCAGCCUUUUGCAACAGCAUCAGUACCUGCACACUGGUCAGAAGCCAUACCGGUGCUCCGAAUGUGGGAAGAGAUUUGCAUUUGCGCAAAACAUGCGUGCCCACUACCGCCAGCAUAAAAAGACACCAGACUUUGCGAGUACAGUGGCACAUACUGCAAAUCGUAAUGUGUCGCAGGUUGCAGGUUUAGGAACUGCAGGUAAAGAGAACACAAACCACGAGAUUGAGAAACAACGCAACUGUCCUCUGUGCCCUCGGCUGUUUUACAAAGCAGCCGACCUUAGGGAACACAUGCUAAUACAUGAGGUGGAAUAUGAAAACAUGAGCAAUGGUAAGAAAAACGAACCAGCCUAUGCCUGCCCGUACUGUCCACUUAAAUUCUUUGAGGAGUCUAUCUUGCAAUCCCAUGUGUCGACUCAUCAGGUUCAUCAAGGGCCUGCGCCUUUGAAGAGGGAGGUUCUCAGUGUUGCAAGGGAAGGUAGUAUAGAUAACAUGUCAGGAGGCGGAGGAGAAGGGGGAGACCAAACGGAGAAGAAGCCUCUGAAAUGUAAAGAAUGCGGAAAGUGCUUUCGUUACCGUUCAGUCUUAGAGCUUCACAUGCGCAUACACAACAAGGGUUACCAGUGCCACAUUUGCAAGAAGUCGUUCCGAUUCAGCAGCUACUUACAGCAGCAUUUAAUUAUUCAUUCUGGGAAGAAGCCAUACAAAUGCCCAGACUGUGGUAAGGACUUUGCUUUUCUUCAGAACAUGAAGACUCACCAGAGACUGCACCAACAGAAGCCUUUUCGCUGCAACCAGUGCCGCAAAGGCUACAGUGAUGAGAGUCAGCUGCAGCGCCACAUGCUUUCCCACACGGGUGAAAAGCCUCACAAGUGCCACCUCUGCGACAAGAGUUUUGGCUUAGCAUAUUUGCUUCGUGACCACCUCAACACCCACACUGGAGAGAGGCCUCAUCGAUGCCAAGAGUGCCAUAAAUCGUUCCCCUGGCUUAGCAGCCUCCUAGUCCAUCAGAAGAUACAUGCGCGGAAGCGUCAAGCUCUGAACCAGUCUUACUCUUCAUUGGUUGCUUCUAGGACAAGAGGCGUCGCAGGUCGGGCCAGGAGAAACGCCAGGUGGAUUUCAAGUUGGCCGAGAAUGGGAGAAGAUAUUGGAAGGACCAUGCCAAUGACUCAGGCCUCUUUUCCUGAUGAUGUAUUGCAGGGGUCAAUGCUGCCGAAUAUGAUCGGGCAACCAUCUGUCUCCGACCAACAGUCGUUACUACCCUGGCAGACUGAAAGCCAGGCUAGACCAGGUCACCUACAACAACAACAACAACAAUGGCAAAUACACAUUAAGCCUCAGCCACAGCAACAGCCUAAAUGGUCAUCUGAUGGACAGCAAAAUGACAUGAAGCAUCACUUCAUGUCAGGAGUCCAUUUAAAACCAAUCUUGCCAAAGCUUGCACAACCACAGAAUCCUACCUGGUCUGACCAAGCACAUGACAGUAACGGUCAAGAACAGACGCAGCAACAACAGCUUGCUGCAUGGGAAGGUUCAUCAACCUCAGCUCCAAAGUCACCAAGCAAUUCAGGUGAAUCUUCAGCGGAUCUGAGGGCACGUUCGCCAACGUCAAAGACUCCAAAGUCCCCUGACGCAACUCAAAACACUAAGGCUGAACUUCAAAGUCAAUCACCAAAAGAUAAAACUGCAAAUACUGAGUCUGAUAAAGCUACUAAAAGUGGAGAAGAUCAGGGGCCUCCAACAGACGAGGCUAGUAGCAAGCCUUGGAGCUUCAGAACUCCUCUAGAAAUGCCUAACCCUUUGAACCUACAAGAAAAACAGCAAAUGCAACUGGUCCUGCACCCACCACCUCCACCACAAAUGCAGCUCCUCCAACAGCCCUUGCAGCAGCUUCAGCAGGAACAGUUACAACAGUUCCUUCAGCAACACCAGUUUCAUCAAUCCCAGCAGCAACAGAAUCACAUUUCCUCUGCAUGGGACGGAGCUCCUCAGGCUAACCAGUUGGGAACGAUCAGUAUUCAGUUUGGGGGACCUCGUUUUGCUGCUCCUGGACAUGGAGGUGCAGUAUGGAACUUUCAGACUACUCCAGUUGUUUCACAAACCCUAAUCAAUGGACCAAUUCAGCAAGGGCCAGUGCAUUCGCAGCAAGUACCUGUAGUUUCGGGCCCUCCAAUCCUUGUAAACAAGAACCCUCCGUUCAUCUCUCCGCCACUGGCUCUGCCGUCUCCCCUCGCUUUGCCUGGUCCCCUCUCACUUCCAGGCCCAGCCCCAGGCAUCUUUUUCACUCCACAGGGUCUGCCUUCACCACAUUUAACGCAACGAACUGAAGCUCUCAAACCAGGCAGCCAGGUCCUGUUUGGCCCUGACCGGCGGUUUUGUUGCAUGGUCUGUGGAUGCACGUUACCAGGAGAACUAGAACUGCAAAUGCACUAUAUGCAACAUGCACAGGGAGAAAUCUGACUUUUUUAAAAUAAAGGACAUAAAAUGCAUGAGAAACUCAUGUAGUGUUCCCUUGCAUCCUUCACGUAUACGACUGUUGUGCGGCCAUUGUGGCGGCUGAAGAUGGAACACUUUUUUAUGCAUUUCUUUACAGUUCAUUCCAUUCCUGGUGUAUUCCUCAGUUCCUAAAGUGUUAGCUUGCAAUGUGGUAGUUACAACUCUUGAAGUAAGGGUGCUUUCACACCUGUAUCUGUAUCUCUGGUUAACUUGGUUUGAUUUGGUUUGUUCUGAUACAAAAAAUCACAUGAGGAAGGUGUCUCUCCUUACUGGUCAAAAACAUCUGAGUCGGAGAAAGGAAGUAAAUACAGGAAGAAGGUCCUGUGUUCCAGACCAGCUUGUAUUUCAGUGCAAUUUAGCCAGAAGCAACAGCAGACAUGCCAGUUGUCAAUAGCUGUAGUAAUUGUCUAGGUAACAAAUCAGGUUAAAAUGCACCUGAACAGCCAUCUAGCUGGUUGAAUUAAGAUCAGGUCACGUUCUCACAGAGUUUUAUUUGGGACCGAACUGAGACCACUGAACCGAAACCUCUCAAAGGUCUUGAUGUGGUUGUUUUUGUUUGUACUCUGUUACACCAGCUGAAACAAACCCCACCAAGGGUACAAAUAAACCAGAGUCUUUUUUAACCCGACCAAAUAGUGCUGGUGUGAACCCUAAAAUCCAGUAUUUAGUCAAUAGAUGAUGAGGGCGAUACAUUUGCCAACAUGAUCAGUAUGUUGCUAAGGCCAUAACAGCUCCAUAUACAGGGGUUGGACAAUGAAACUGAAACACUUGGUUUUAGACCACAAUCAUUUACUGUGGUGACGGACAGUUCUGGUGGAAACAGGAGAGUUGAGGUGCACAUUGAAUUUUGCCGUGAUUUGAUCAGCCGUGGUUUUAUGUUUUCUGGAUACAAUCUGGGUUAGCACCCGAACAUCCCUUUCAGACAGCUUCCUCUUACAGCGUCCACAGUUAAUCCUUUUGGAUGUGGUUGGUCGUUCUUGGUGGUAUGCUGACAUUACCCUGGAUACCGUGGCUCUUGAUGCAUCACAAAGACUUGCUGUCUUGGUCACAGAUGCUCCAGCAAGACGUGCACCAACAAUUUGUCCUCUUUUGAACUCUGGUAUGUCACCAUUAAUGUUGUGUGCAUUGCAAUAUUUUGAGCAAAACUGUGCUCUUACCCUGCUAAUUAAAACUUCACACUCUGAUCUUACUGGUGCAAUGUGCAAUUAAUAAAGAUUGGACACCAGGCUUUUCUAAUUUAGCCAUGAAACCUCCCACACUAAAAUGACAGGUGUUUCAGUUUCAUUGUCCAACCCCUGUCUGUAUAUGGUAUCUUCGCUGGACCUCCAUUUUUUAGUGUGUUGACAUGUAAUUCCAAGUACUGUUGAUUACAAAAUGCUGACCAUUUUUAAUAAGCUGUUGUUGAACGAAAGGAACAAGAAAUAGAAAAAAGAAAACAAAAAAAAAAACAAGUGAGCUGAGACAAUAGACUGGUUCAAGUGCUUAAGUGGAACUGAAAAGGAACUGAUUUCUUACCUUAAUGUGUUACACUUGGUAAAGCAUUUACACUCAAACCUUAUGUUUAUUAUUACCAAUAUUGGCUAGUUUUUGUGUAGUUUUUAAUAAUUUUAUUAUUCCAAAUGUAUGACAAUUUGGCUGAAUAUAUAUAAAUAUAUAUUUUUCUUUUCUUCUAUUUCAAUGCUUGUACAAACAUCCCUGUGUUGUGUGCACACAUUCUUAGACCAUGGACUGAGUGGUUAUCUUGGUCCUUUGUUUUCAUACAUUUCCUGUCUGUCUUAUGUCUGCUUUAGCAUUUUGUGUCUAAUCUCUGAAACACUGACCUAAGUUUAUUCUACGGCUGGGCGAUAAUUCAAUAUCGAUAUAUAUAUAUAUAUAUAUAUAUAUAUAUAUAUAUAUAUAUAUAUAUAUAUAUAUAUAUAUAUAUCGCAAAAGGAAAUGUUUCAAUAAAGGUGAUUUUGAUUUUUAAACACAUUUCCUAUAUUUCAAUAUACUUGAAGUAUAUUAACAAUAUAUUGCUAUGUUGGUUACUGUAUCCGUCACUGAUUUGACAUUGUCUAGCUACAUUAAUUGACAAAUUAAAUUUUACGAAGUCUGUUGUAAGCUUCCCCCCCCCCCCCCUUUUUUUUUGGUGGUUAUUUUUAAUGUUUAUCUGAAUAUCACAAUUCUCAAAUAUCAAAUCUACUGAAAAUCAAAACAAUUAUUAUGAUCUAUAUUUUGGCCAUAUCGUCCAGCUCUACUUCUUCAUACGUGUAAAAUCUGUGUUCAGUUUGUGUGAAAUUCACUCUUUGUUUAAUUCUUUCAAUGCAUUUGUAUGUUUCAACAGUGGUUCUCCAACCAGUCCUCAAUGAUCAUCAUACAGUCCAGAUCUUACCCCAGUUCAACUUGUAGCAUUGCAGGCAAUAAGGAAAAUUUCUGAUUUGGGGUUUCUGAUUGGGUAGAGGUGGAUAGAGAAACAAUUGGUCCCUGAGAACCAGUUUGAGAAGCACUGUUACACUACCAAACACUUUUACCAGAGGAAAAGAUUUUAGCACUUGGUUGUUAAAACAAUUGAAAUGCUUGAUUAUCUGUCUACCUCUGUCUGUUUGUUGUAGAUUUAGAUUCAAUAAAAUUGAGCUUGGAUUUGAA